AUGUUAAAUUCGCGUAUAUGCUAAAUAGAAGGUCUUUUAAUUGAUUCAGAAAUUAAAGCUAUUUUUGUUGAGUAAAUAAAAGAUUUAUUCAAAACUAAUAUACCAGAAGUAGAUUUAAUAUUUGACUUUUUAUAUUUUCGAUAGAGGAUUGCAAAAGAUAAACCUUUGCCAGGACAGGAAUUAUAAAAUAUCUAGUUUUGCACAUAAUUAGGAGAGGCAUUAGGAAAAAGGGAAAAACUCCUUUAUUUACUAAUAAUAGUAUUAGGAAGAUAUAUAUAUAACAGAAUAAUGUUAUAUUUAGAAGUUAAGCAACCUAAUAUAUACAAAAAAAUAAAAAAAUUAGAAUUCCUAUUUUAACUUUUGCGAUUUGGAUAUUCAUUGAAAUUUAUAGCUAAGGGAUAAAUGGUUAAUACUUUAGAAUUAUUUUUGAUUGGGUUUUAAAUAAAAUAAAUUAAAGAAAAUCAAACAAGAGAACUAGAUUUCGAAUUAUUAAAUAGAACUUUAAUUUGGGGAGUAAUUAACAAAUUAUUCUAAUCUUUAUUAUUUUCCAGUAGUUAUUUAAUGAGUUAUUGUAAAUAAUUAUUCUUUAUGACUUCUUUUUUGGGAACAUUAUAGGGUGAAAAUGAGAAUGGAGCAUGCUUUGUUUGUAAUUCUGCAAUAAAAACUAUGAUAACAAGAGUGGAACCUUGCAAACAUACAUUUUGUUAUUAUUGUAGUAAAACAAAGAUUGAUAAGUGCCCUUAAUGUAAUUAAUAAAUAGAUUAGUUUAUUUAUUGA